GUGGUGGGGCACGCGGGCCCGUCGAGGUGUUUAUAGUGAGUGUGGCGCACGCCGGCCUCAGUUCUCUCACCGCAGCACCGCCGCCAUGAAGUCCGCCGUGCUCGUCGCCGUCCUCGCCCUGGUGGCGUCCGCCACCGCCGCCGCCACCAAGGGGGGUGUCCGUCUGCCCGAGUACUUCCCCACGGCGUGCGCGCGCAACGCCCCUGACCUCAACGAGUGCAUCCGCAAGAACAUGCAGUUUGUGAUGCCGCUCUUCGCCAAGGGAGAGAAGCUGUUCGACAUGGAGCCCAUCGAACCCAUCGCCGUGAGCGACGUGCGCGUGCAGCUGCGACGGGAGCCGUUCGACUUCCACGCCGUGGCGAGGAACAGCAAGGUGUACGGCGCGUCGAGCGUCGUGGUGCGCGCGGCCAGCGCCCAGCUCACCGACUCCAGCCUGGACAUGGCACUCGACAUCCACAUCCCCACCAUGUUCAUUGAGGGCGACUUCAAAAUCGAGGGCAAGAUUGGCAGCUUCCCCUUUGCGGGUCGUGGACCCUGGAACGUGACCAUCACCGACCUGGAAGCCAACUGGCACCUGAUGGGCGAGACCGUCGACAAGGAGGGUGAGAAGUACAUGCAGAUCAAGAGGUUCAUCCCUACGUACCGAGUGGGCGGCAUGAAGGCCAACGCGGAGAACCUCGUGGAAGGCGCUCCUGAGCUGACCAACCUGGCCAUGAACCUGAUCAACCAGUACUGGGAGCCCGUGCUCACCGCCAUGAUGCCAGCCACCCGCAACGAGCUCGAGCGCCACUUGAAGAGGAUGGCGUCGAGCGUGUUUGACAGCGUGCCUUACAAGCAGCUCUUCCCCGUGGCCUAAAGAGGCAGCGGUGUAUGUCGUUUGUAAACACUGUGAUCGUCUCUUGCCAAACAGUUUGUUCCCCAUGAACAUUUCUAGUGUUAUCUAUGUUACGUUUUGAUGUUCACUUCACUUCACUGCCGCCUAUUCAUUGUCAACUACUUUAAAAAAAUAAAUCUAAUGGAAAACUCA